UAAAAUAUUGGCAUUCCACGAACAUGAAUGCUCGCAUGUAAUUACGUUAAUAUAUUUCAUUGGAAUUAAUGGACACUACGUUUUUUUUUAAAUAAAUGUCCUGCUCGAUUCGCUAAGAUAUUCUUCCCUCAUCAUCACAAACUUUUAUCUUCGCUUUCGAUUUAUCUUUCUAAAUUUAUCUUUUAUUGUUCCCACUCUUUAUUUCUUUCUGCUAUUUGAAAAUUUUAAAUAUUCCACGCACGCAUUUGUAUUCAACUCACGUACGUUUGCCAUGCAUUUUUAAUGCAAAUAACGGACAGCGAUCGAGCAAUGCGUAUACAAAGGUGCAUUGGACGCCUUCGUAGCUGCGUCUGUCCAUAUUUUUUUAUAACUGACAAUGAUAAUUGUCGAGGCAUCGUUUUGUAGUUUUUAACUUCUAAGAAAAGAAUACAACGGGAAUCAUGAAUAAUUACUAUCUUAUGCACAUGGCAAAGUGGGGAUUAACUGAGCACGGAAUCCAUAGAAUUUUGUAGUCACAUUGAAACUCCUCGACCGACGAUAUCCGAGUAUUGAAUUAAGACUAUUGAUUAUGUCACAGUCAGCUUCGAAGCUCUUUUUUUAAUCUAUUUACUAAAUUACAUCGAGAUCUUUCGAGUUAAAUAAUAAGAUAUUGAAUAAAAUUUGUAUACAUAGUAGUUUUAUUUAAAAUAAACAAAAAAAUAAUGAUGAAUCAUUUGUAAAACUGUUCUCGAGUCCGAUGGAGAACGAGAUGAAACACACCGUAUGUCGCUCCGUGGAGUACGGUCUUCGAUUGAUCGGUGUAUGGCCGGGUACAUCGUUUGCCAUUUUACGCAAAUUUCUCAGUAUAUUGUCAGUGAUCGUGUUCCAGAUCUUUCAGUAUCAACACGUGAUUGUGCACUUUGGUGAGGAGGAUCUCACGGUCCUCAUGGAUGCACUAAGUGUAACUGUUGCUUACACCAUUCUGUUUAUCAAAAUGAUUAUUUUCUCGUUUAACGCUCGUCUGCUGAACGAAAUCAUAGCAAGCAUGUCCAAGGAUUGGAAGGAAUGUGACAUUUCGAAUGAAUACACGAUGACUAGAAUAGCUUAUGUUUCUCGUUGGGUCUCCAACGUUAUAAUCUUUUCGCACAUGAUGUCGGUAUUCCUCUACGCGACAGGUCAAAUAAAUGAACGCGUUCUUCACAUAUGUGGGCAGAUCGAUUUAAUGCGGCAAAAAUUGAGUGAGGUUACUCGGAAAAACAUCGAGCGAAAGAACGUCGAUCAAGAUGUGAACGAGAGCAUUGUGAAGGCGCUGAUCAUUCGACAUCAGCAAAUUAUUAUCUUCUCCAAGAACAUUGAAAAUCUCUACUCGAAUAUCGCGCUGAUACAAUUUUUUUCAAACACCCUGGUUAUCUGUUGUCUAGGAUUUCUUAUCGUGAUCUCUAUCGGUGUCCCGGGCGGAUCGAUGAUGUUAAUAAAAUCUGUGUUUUUUUACAUCGUUAUGAGCUUGGAGGCAUUUAUAUAUUGUUUCGUUGGAGAACAUCUCAGCACGAAAAGCGAAAUGAUCGGCGACUCGGCAUACGAAUCUCUUUGGUAUGAAUCGAGCCCGAGUCAAAACCGAGAUAUUCACAUCAUGAUCAUAAGAUCUCAAAAGCACUUAACGCUUACGAUAGGAAAAGUUGCGGAACUCUCUUUGAGACAAUUUGCCAACAUCAUAAAAGCUUCGGCAUCAUACGUGUCAGUGUUGCACGCGAUGUAUUAAGGUCUGUAUUUUGCAUGCUGCUUAUAUCUUCGCGUGCAAGAGAACAUUAUAAUUUUACAGGAGUGACAAUUUUCCUAUUUAGAGACUCGAUAAAGUUUUGCAUGGAGUGACGCGAGGAACAAGAAAUUAUUUACUCAUCGAUUCGACAUAAUCUUGUGGUUUACAUAAGCACAAAGCUAUAAAUACCGUACCAGCUAUAAAUACAACGUUGAUUUUCUCAAUUG